AUGGAGGCUCUAAAUGCUUUAAAGUUGCCAGUGAAGGUUAAAGCAUGGUUUCUCGGAUCAGUGAAACUUAAGCAUAAUCAAGCGAGGCCUAGAGCUGUAGUGUGCUUAUGGUUGGCUUGUCAGGAUCGUUUGGCCACAAAAGUCAGACUCAAAAGAAUCGGGCUUCUGCAAAGUGAGCUUUGUAGCUUUUGCAAUGAGGCUCCUGAAGAUUUUAAUCACCUCUUCAUUGAUUGUAGAAUUUGCUCUGUUGUUUGGAAGAAUGUUCUCCAAUGGCUUCAAGUGAGGCAUAUACCUCGUAACUGGCUGGAGGAAAUCACAUGGUUAACUAGUAAUACUCGUGGGAAGGGUUUUAUGCAGAAUAUGCUUAAGCUCUCGAUUGCAGAAAUUGUGUAUGCAUUGUGGAUAUACAGAAAUACAAAUAUAUUUGAUAGGGAAAAUGUUGAUAAUACCAAUAGUGUUGUUAGGAAAAUAGUCGAUAUGAUAAUUCAAAGAGGGUGGAUGAAACCCAAACAAAGGAACAAACUUGCUUUGCUCAUGUUAUAG